AUGCCCAAAGCACAAAUGGAUCUUGCUAACUUGGAUUUCAGUCGUACCUACUCAUUUGAAGAGUUCGAGUUAAUUAACGAACAGCUCAAAACACGCUCCUUAGAAGUCAACGGGCAACCAGUCAAUUUAUUUGACCUCGACAAAAACGGAAAGCUUUUUCCAAUGCCACAGGCCACUGUGUGCAUGGAGGCCACUGUUGCAGAGAUUGUCAGACAGCUUGGUAAUUGGAACAUUCAAACUAGACAGAACGGGCUCAUAACAACAUCACAAGGAGGGUUUAACUUCAGUGUUGAAGGCCGAAGAACGAUCGGAGCUCCUGAUGUCUCCUUCAUACCAAAAUCGGUAUUUCGCCAAUUGACUGAAUUACAACGUUGGACUUUCCAGGUUGGAACAUCUGUACAACUCGGCUGGUUGAUUGAUCCCAUAAAUAGAAGAAUCUGGGUAUACAAGCGGAAUCAACAUGGCAAUGUUUAUCGUCGCGAGCGCGUAUGGGAAGAUGUAGAGGGUGGUGAUGUUUUGCCGAGAUUCACAUUGGAGGUGCGGAUGAUUGAGGAAGCAAUUUCACAGGAAUCUUCCGAAACAUCAUCAGAGAAUGAAGAAUUGCAAAUUGAUUGCCCCGAAUGUGACGCAACUUUCUCUGAUAGUUACACUUUCACGAAACAUUGUACAAAUGAGCAUGCUCGUAAACGGCAUAGAACAGA